AUGUUCAAGCCCACCGCCCUCAGGGCCAUGCAGCCCACCCGGAUGAUGUUCAUGCGCCGGAGCGCUCCCAUGUACAUGCGGCAAACGGCGCGCAUGAUGAAGCCCGUCCCUAAGGAAGAGCAGUCCGCUCACGGCGUCUCCCAACGUCUGCGCCAGCUCAAGAAGAUCCCCGCUGAGUUGAUCCCCCUCGGUAUCGUCCUUGCGAUUGCCGUCUUCGCUGCCAUCUUCUCGCUCGGCCGGAAGCUUGUCGUCGACAAGACGCUCCGCCUCAAGAGGCAGUCUGGACACUAGACACGAUGGACAGAUGCAAGGAAUAUUGCAGGCGGGGUAGUUGGGUCGGGGGAAGGAAAAGGCCCUCUGUACAAAGUUAGGAACAGGUCGAGAAGCCAUCGUCAGAAACUCAAAGGUCAAUUUCAUUUGUCUGGCAUACAUUAUACGUCAGGUCUUUGCCUCCGGAAUGUGAUGCUGUGAAAGAUGUUGGUAUGGUGUGAUAUCUUGGAAGACCGUGACACUUGACAACCCGUAGAGUAGCGAUUGGAUCCAG